AAAAGUUUAUUUUUCCAAAACAAAAACCACCCCUACGUCCCAGCGGUGAAAUUGUGCGCUUCUUAGUGUGCGUGUGGUGUUUAGUGUGCUUUAUUUUUUAUUUUUUGUUGGGGCCAUCAUUCCAUCAUUCCAAAACCCAAGCAUCCAGCGUGCAACAAUGAUUGGAUUUAAAUUGCUUACCAUCGCCACCUGUCUGGCCGGCGUUAUCCUUGCCCAGGACUACCAGGAGUAUCGACAGGCGCCGCUCCGGAUCGGCACCAAGGCGGAAGAACCAAAACCGACGCCGGUUCCCAUCUUGAAGCAGAUCAACAGACACAACGAAGAUGGUUCGUACACGUACGGUUACGAAGGUGCGGACGGUUCGUUCAAGAUCGAAACGAAGCUGGCAACCGGCGAGGUAAAGGGCAAGUACGGGUAUGUCGACGAAACGGGCAAGGUGAAGGUGGUGGAGUACGGUGCGAACAAGUACGGUUUCCAGCCGUCCGGCGAAGGUAUCACCGUACCGCCACCGACGCUCGUCGACGAAACGACCGGCAAGGACGAUCUGCUCGAGGACGAUGACGGUAACGUGCCGGUUGCGCCGCGCCUGCAGAAACAUCGACCCGUCUCGAAGCCACGCUUCCAGGAGGUGCCGAUCCAGCAACACCAGCAGCAUCACCAGCACCAGCACCAGCAGCCACAGCGUCCUCAGCAGCAGUACUACGACUACGAUGAGCAGCCCGCGCCGCUGCCCCAGCCCAAGUACCAGCCCGCACCGCAGUACGUGCAGCGGUCCCACUUCGGUUCCGCACCGGCCCAAUCGCCGUCGGUAGGACCGGCGCCACCGCGUGCCCAGAUCCCGAACGCGGUACCGGUGGACGUUGUCUACGCACCGAAGCAGCUGCCCGCCCGCCCGGACGCCGAGUAUCGCAAUGUGGGACCGCAAACAUUCCCCGCCGCCGCACCGGCCCCCGAACCCAAGAUCCGCUACUCCCAGCCCUCGUUUGCACCGUCCGCUCUCCCACCGCAGCACACCGCCAAAUCUGCCAAUCCCGUCCCACUGCAGCCUGCCUUCCCGCAGCCCCGACCCCAGCCGGCCAUCUAUCAGCCGCGUCCUGCGCAGGGACGUAGCACGAGUGUGCUCGAUCAGCUGGCGAAGGACUAUGCGCUACCGCAGGGAGGCGCUGCACCGCUUCACGACAUCACCUUCGGCUACUACUGAGCAAAACGAUCUCUGGAGCUCUCCUGGUGUCCACCUGCAAACAACACCGCGUUCUCAUCUUUCGCCACCUCAAUACCCGCCAACCAACCAUCUCCUGCUCUACCCGCUCCCCCUCCACCCAACCAUUCGCACCAUCUGAGCGCACCUUUUGCAAAACUCCUACGCACCCGUGAAGAACUGAUGUCACCGUAGCGUUAA